CGAGAGGCGAAGAGAGCAGCCCAAACACGACUACUGCAUUACACACACACACAGGAUAGGAGUACGUGUCUGCUUCUCUCUCCCCGCUGGCCUCCUCCUCCAGUACUUCAGACAGUGCACCGUGCUGCGGCCUCUUUCAUCCCUCAAGGCCGGCCGCCCCCAGAACCAGAGUCGGAGCGAAUCCAUGGCUCCUCCGCCCCUCUCCUCCUGGCCAUGGGCAAGCCUCGGCCAGUACAAGUACGUGCUGCUGGGGCCUCUGGUGUGGAAGGUGCUGCAAGAAUGGCGGGAGCAGGCGGGCCUGCCGCUCGGCUCCUGGUGGCUGCACCUGUUGCUGCUGUUCGCGGCGCGCGGCCUCACCUACCAAUUCUGGUUCAGCUACGGCAACAUGCUCUUCUUCACCCGCCGCCGCCGCGUCGUCGCCGACGGCGUCGACUUCCGCCAGAUCGACGCCGAGUGGGACUGGGACAACUUUCUCGUGCUGCAAACGCUGAUUGGGGCCACGGUGGUCAACAGCCCACUGCUCCCGGGCCUGCGGCAGCUCUGCCUGUGGGACCCGCGCGGGUGGGCCGUCGCCCUGCUGCUGCAUGUGGGCUUCUCAGAGCCGGUCUUCUACCUGGCCCACCGGGCCCUCCACAGGGCCCCGCUCUUCGCCCGCUACCACGCCGCGCACCACUCCUCGGGCGUCACCCAGCCGCUGACAGGUGCCGGAUCUUCUGCGCCCUUCCGCACGCCGACCACUCAUUGCGGCAUCAUUUCUGCUCCCUUCGCUCUCGCCAUUAUGACGAACAGAGUACAGUAGUAUAGUAAUGAGCGUGUUUUUUUUUGCUCGUUUCCAUUGCUUGCAUUUGUUGCAGCCGGGUUCGGGACGCCGCUGGAGGUCCUGCUGCUGACUCUGGUGAUGGGGGCCCCGCUGGCAGGGGCCUUCCUGGUGGGGGCCGGCUCCAUAGGCCUGGUCUACGUGCACGCCCUCGCCUUCGACUACCUGCGCGCCAUGGGUUACAGCAACGUGGAGGUCGUGUCGCCCAGGGUCUUCGAGGCGUUCCCGCUGCUCAGAUACAUCCUCUACACGCCUUCGUACCUGAGCCUGCACCACCGCGAGCGGUGUCGCAACUUCUGCCUGUUCAUGCCGGCGCUGGACCUGGCGGGCGGGACGCUGGACGAGCGGGCGUGGGCGCUGCAGCGCGCGGCGUACGACGGGGGGCCGGGCGGCGGCGCGCUGGGGACGCCGGAGUUCGUGUUCCUGGCGCACGUGGUGGACAUGAUGUCGUCGAUGCACGUGCCGUUCGCGCUCCGGUCGCUCAGCUCCACCCCGUUCGCCAACCACUUCAUCCUGCUCCCGUUCUGGCCCGUCGCCUUCGGCUUCAUGCUGCUCAUGUGGUGCUGCUCCAAGACCUUCGUCGUCAGCUUCUACUACCUCCGCGGCCACCUCCACCAGACCUGGUCCGUGCCCCGCUACGGCUUCCAGUACUUCCUGCCGGCGGCGAAGAAGGGCAUCAACCAGCAGAUCGAGCUGGCCAUCCUGCGGGCCGACAGGAUGGGCGUCAAGGUGCUCAGCCUCGCCGCGCUCAACAAGAACGAGGCUCUGAACGGAGGCGGCACCCUGUUCGUGAACAAGCACCCGGACCUGCGCGUGAGGGUGGUGCACGGCAACACGCUGACGGCGGCCGUGAUCCUGAACGAGAUCCCCAGCAACGUGAGGGAGGUGUUCCUGACCGGCGCCACCUCCAAGCUCGGCAGGGCCAUCGCGCUCUACCUCUGCAGGAAGAAGAUCAGAGUCCUGAUGUUCACGGUGUCGUCGGAGAGGUUCGUGAAGAUCCAGAGGGAGGCGCCGCCGGAGUACCAGCAGUACCUCGUGCAGGUGACCAAGUACCAGGCCGCACAGAACUGCAAGACUUGGAUCGUGGGCAAGUGGCUGUCGCCGCGUGAGCAGCGGUGGGCGCCGUCCGGGACGCACUUCCACCAGUUCGUGGUGCCGCCCAUCAUCGGCUUCCGGCGGGACUGCACCUACGGCAAGCUGGCCGCCAUGAGGCUGCCCAAGGACGUGCAGGGCCUCAGCUCCUGCGAGUACACGAUGGAGCGCGGGGUGGUGCACGCGUGCCACGCCGGCGGCGUGGUGCACUUCCUGGAAGGCUGGGGCCACCACGAGGUGGGCGCCAUCGACGUCGACCGGAUCGACGUCGUCUGGAAGGCGGCGCUCAAGCACGGGCUGGCGCCGGUGUGAUCAUAUCGCAUCGUCGAGCCGCACCGCGCGCGCGGUUUGUUUUGCAGCGGCUACCUACCUAGCUGCAUAUGCUUGCCAGGCCGGGGUCCAGCCGCCGCGGUUCUGUGUGCAUGCAUGCAACAGCCCAGCAGACCACGGGCUACCGUGCGUGGCUAAUUCUUGUACUAGUACUACUCCUGCUGUAUGUACCGUGCCGAUGGGGCGAUGGGUUAAUUAAAGUCCUCUCGACUACGCUACGACGAUGCAUGGCUUCUUUCGUGCC